AUGUUUCACGCGGCGCGAUAUGGUCCUUAUCCUCCCUUGAACACAGAAAAUUCAACGGUUGACCGGGAAGAGUUCAUUGUGUUCAAUCCUGCCAAUGGACAAGAGCUUUCCAGGAUUUGGACUACAUCUCAAGACGAAGUGGAAACAGCAAUUAAUCGCGCCCAGAAAGCAUUUGACUCCGGAUUGUGGUCAAAAGCUUCAUCAUUUACCAGGGCCAAAGUCUUGACAAACCUUGCCCGCAUUUUGGGAUCCCGUCUUCCUGAGAUGGCGACAAUAGAAUCGCUUCAGACAGGGAGAACAAUAAGGGAGAUGCGUGCACAAUUAGGACGCUUACCUGAAUGGAUCGACUAUUAUGCUGCUCUGCUUCGUACAAGUCAAGGUUUCGUUGCGCCAACACAAGGUCCCCUUCUUAACUAUGUCCAACGCAUCCCCCUGGGGGUAGUCGCUCAGAUAACCCCUUUCAACCACCCUCUGUUGAUCGCCAUAAAGAAGAUCGCACCAGCAUUGGCCGCGGGCAAUAGUGUCAUUGUGAAGCCAUCUGAGUGGGCACCAAUUACUGUCCUUGAGUUUGCCAAAAUGGCUGAGGAAGCAGGCGUGCCUGCUGGUGUAUUAACUGUGCUUCCUGGUUUUGGGCAAACUACUGGAAAAGCACUCAUCAGUAAUCCUUUGAUUCGCAAAGUGGACGUCACUGCAGGUACGCAAACUGGACGUGCAAUGGGCAGUAUCGUUGGCUCCAAUCUCGCGUCCUUCACUGCAGAGCUCGGAGGAAAGACUGCAAUCGUCAUUUUUGAUGACGCAGAUCUUGUUUCUGCGGUUAACGGCGCAGUCUUCGCUUCAUUUGUUGCCUCAGGCCAGACAUGUGUGUCAGGUGCUCGGUUGAUAAUACAAGACGGUAUCUACGAUGAUUUCAUGGAUCUCUUCCUGAAAAAAGUAGAAAGCAUUCAUAGGCGUAUGGGUGAUCCCAUAAAUCCAAAAUCUACAAUGGGCACGGUUAUAUCUCCUCAGAGCCUUAACCGCAUUGAGGGUAUGAUGUCGCGUACAAAAGGCAAAGUCUUAAUAGGCGGUCAAAGGAUGACCGGUAAAUCUGAGUUGGAUAACUUCGACUUCUCACAAGGAAGCUUCUUCCCGCCCACAGUAGUCGUUGACAUCGAUACCAGUGAUGAACUGUGGGCAGAAGAAGUCUUCGGUCCUGUAGUAGUUGUGAACCGGUUUUCUACGGAAGUAAAUGGUAUUAUGCUGGCUAAUGCGUGCAAAUACGGUCUUGGGGCCGGCAUCUGGACCUCUAAUCUUUCCAGGGCGCAUCGCGUGGCCGCUGACAUCCAGACUGGGCUUUGCUGGGUCAAUACCCACCAUCGUAACGACCCAAGUUCACCGUGGGGAGGAAUGAAAGAAAGCGGCAUUGGCAGAGAAAACGGUCUUGAAGCCUUCGAAUCAUAUUCUCAGAGUAAAUCUACCAUUGUGAACAUUGCACCAGCAGAGGCAACAAGAAUAAACGAUGACUGGUUCUCUGAAGAACCGGAAGGAAAGCGGUACGGUUGA